AUGGUGCCCGAUUCUCUCAAAUUCAACUGCAUUAUUAUGACCGCUUCUAUCGACCGUAUUCUAUGGAGUUGGGAUACUACGAGACUAGUCUCAUUGCUCUAUCAAUGUCUAUGGGUUGUCAUUUGCAUUAUCGCGCUCGGAUUUCCUAAUAAAUACUUGGAGCGCCUUACGUACUUUAGGGACGUUGCUUCCAACUCUGACAUACAAGCAUGGUCGCAACCAAAGACGUUCUCGGAUAGGGGAGAUGCCAAUAGUACUAAAACAAUGCGCCAAAAGCAACAGGAAGAAUGGGACAGACUGAACAUCGCAAUGUCCGUUAUUACAGCGACUAGUGCCACUGCGCUGGCUAUUCAAGAAACCGGACCCGAUCCAAACAGCAUAUAUUGGGUUGUAACAGCAUUUUACAGUGGGGCAUUAGGGAUGUCGCUCCAAGGCCUUAUCAUUAUUACCUACAUGACUAUCUCUGCUGGAGGAUCAUCCGAUGAGCUCAUUGGUCGUUUAGCCGUAGGUAAAUUGUUUAAAGGGCAGCCAGUUCGUCCUGUUGCAUUUGUAAUGGCGCUCCCGGCUAUCCUGGCCACUUAUUCGUCAUUUGCAUCCCUAUCAGGGCUAGUGGCCAUGAUCGUUCAUGGACCAGGAGAGAGCUUGACGAUUCGUAACGGAGAGUACAUUGCAGUUGCAAUUAUUCCGAAUGCUAUCACCUUCCUCUUCCUGGUGUUCACUGUGGCCAUGUGCGAGUGUGCCACGUACAUAGAAGGUCGUGAGCGGCGAAAGCGGGUGGAGCUUGCACCGGAGAUUACACCUAUCAUGCGCAUAUCUGGCAGCCCAAGCGGAUACGACGAGGAGCGACUGCCACUGAUCAAUAAGGCCAAUGUAGAGUCUAGUGCGGUUGGGUCAGGGUAUCUGUCGUGGUAA